CUUUCCAAACGCCAGACGCUCAUACAUCUCUCCUCAAGCUCUAGACUCUGGAUUGGAUUUCUUGCCUAACCGCCAACUAACAAACCAGCACGAUGGACGAAAUCGGGCCAGAUCACUUUGUUUUCGAAGACGAGGGUGCGGACGGCAUCUCGUUAGCCGGAAGCUCAACAGCGUCAGUGUCUUCAAGUAUCGUUCAGGGUAUCGAUGAAUAUGGUAGGCGGUAUGCAUCUUACGGGAAUGUCGGAUACGGCAUGCCGAUAGAUGAGGAUGAGUUGGACAGGAUUGACCUCAAACAUCGAUUAUACACACUUUUGUUGGAAGAGAAAUUCUUCCUGGCUCCAAUCGGACGAAAUCCACAAAGGAUAUUGGAUCUUGGCACUGGCAGUGGAAUAUGGGCCAUUGAUGUUGCGGACGCUUUCCCAUCGGCGGAGGUCUUGGGAAUAGACCUAGCUCCAAUCCAGCCAGAAUGGGUUCCCACAAACUGCCGCUUCGAAAUCGACGAUGUUGAAGAACAAUGGACAUACAGAUGCCAAUUCGAUUUCAUUCAUUCUCGAGAUUUCUUGUUCUCCAUCCGUGACUGGCAGAAACUUGCUAACCAGUGCUUCGAGUACACCAAGCCUAACGGCUAUACCGAGCUGCAGUGUCUCCUCCCAGAACCGCAUUGCGACGACGACAGCACACCCUCCGACUCAGGCGUUAUAGAAUUCAGCGAGAAGAUCUGCGAUGCUUCGGCACUAGCAGGCUGGUGCCUUCGAGAACCCAACCACUUCAAGACAUACCUGCAAGAAGCAGGAUUCGAGGACGUGACAGAAGUCCGCUUCAAAGUGCCGACCUCGCCGUGGCCCAAAGAUAAACGCAUGAAGCUCAUAGGCGCCUUUGAGAUGCAGAGCCUGCUGCAAGGAGCUUCAGCGUUCAGCUUGAGAACUUUCUCUAGGGCAUAUGGAUGGACGCAAGAGCAGACGGAGUUGUUCCUAAUGAAGAUGAGAACCGAUGUGAGAAAUUUAAAAUAUCAUACGUAUUAUGAGUUUGUUGUGGCGUAUGGACGCAAGCCUGGACCUUCUGGGAGAAGCAACGAUCUUCACGAUUCCGCUGUGGACCUGGCUGCCACAUCUCCAUGAUGAUUAUCUUCGAGAUAGAGGAUCUUAUUCAACAACCCAGUCUCCCCCGGCCUGGAGCUGCCGCCACGCGAGAAAGCGCUGUGAACCUUCCU